GUGAUUCUAAGCUAUGAAGGCUUCACGAUUGCAAAAGUUUAAAACCAUUUAGAAGAUAAACUUUUCUUGUGAAUAUUCUUUGAACCUGCCAAAAGCUGAAUCUACCUCAUAGUUUUUCUGAUAGAUAGUUUUUAUCUGAAAUUUGCAACAAAAACAAUAUUUUAUUGUGAAACGGGAGUUACAUGUACAACCUUUGGUGACGGCUUAGAAAAUUUAAAGGACAAAAAUAUGUACAAAAAAGGAAAAUAUCAAUUAGAUCAUUGGAUUCAUUCCUGCCGAAUUUGGAUCUCCUUCUUUCAACAAUGCCGUUGUAUCUCCGAGUUUAAUAUUUAGCACAAUUUAAUCUUUAUCUAGGGAGGCAGUGAAGCUUAUCGAUUUCCGCACUGCACGGCAAGAAGUGACUCACAGUGUAUGGCGUUCUAUUGCAUCUCGCUAUUAGGAUGGUUAUUUCGUGCAUUUAUUUUUUAUCUAAGAACUGACAGACUCAUAAGAAAAGGCAGUCUUUUAACAGCGCUUGAAGUUCAGUAUUUCUACGGAUAUACGAUUGAAGUAAGACGCUGCUGAAAUGAAGAAGCAUAGUUCAGUAGCAAAGGCAUAUAUCAUGUCAAUCAAGGCGGUAAUUUUGUCACUUUCCGUUGGUUGUAAUCUUGCGACAAUAUUGCGAGAGAGCUGCAAGUAUUAUGGAGACUUUAGCAUUGUUUUAAAAGACAUGGCAGUGACAGGCAAUGUGUUAAGAACAUUUUCCGGGAAAACUAAGCGGCAAUGCACACUCGAGUGUAUGUCAAACCUUGAGUGUAAAUCACUGAACUUUAAAGAAGACGGUGGACAAUGUGAGCUGCUUGAUCGGAAUUUGACAUCAAGUAUGACAGCUAUCAGCAAAAGACUUGGCUGGGUGUACAUGACAACAGACGAAGAAGCUUCUAAUGUUGGUCCACGGUGUGCAUUAUUGUCUCCUUGCCAAAAUGGUGGUAAAUGUGUGGAUACAUGCACUGAAGAUGGGUUCAAGUGCCAAUGCAAAGAAAUGUUUACAGGCAAAUAUUGCGAAAAUGAAAGAAGUUUUGCCAGUUGCCAAGCAGCCUACGAAGCGGGUUAUCGCAAUGAUGGUGUUUACUUGCUUUCAAACAUUGGACACCAUUAUUGUGUUCUGAACGGGACAACGACUUGUAGCGGCGUUGGAGGUUGGACACUAGUGUUAAAGACGGAUGGAAGACUGAACACAUUUCAAUACGAGUCAAGUCACUGGACAUCAAGCAGUGUCUACAACAACGUUUAUGCUUUGACAGAGGGUUUUCUUGGCGACCAGGAAGCGAAGUUUCCAGCAUUCAAUGCAUUGCCGGUUACUCACGUUUGUGUUGGGAUGAGGUUGGGAAGUGAGAAAAGCUAUAUUACGCUAGGUCAUACAUCAACUUCACUUUUGACACACUUUCAAGGCCCAUUUCAUGCAACUAUUCAGGAAAGUAAUUGGCGCAAUUUGUUGAAAGGAAGCCAGCUCCAGCCCUAUUGCAAUAGACAAGGGUUCAAUAACGUCAUUACCGGUAGUGUAGACGCUCGAGUGAGGAUUGGAAUCCUUGGCAACAACGAGAACAACUGCAUCACCCCUGAUUCAGCUAUUGGCAUAGGUAUUGGCGGUUCUCAUUUACAACCCACUGGCGUUUAUACUGGAGCGACAAUGAGUGCACAGAAGGUUUUCGGAUAUAUACUCAUAAAAUAAGUAGAUCUGAAGUGAAGAAGUAAUGAUAACGAAUUGAUUUCAUUACUUUUUGACUAAUAUCUAGCACUUUAAGAGCACAGUACAAGAGCUAUACUUUGUAAUGUCCAAUGGGUUACGUAACAGGGCAUCUGCAUCUCCAUUUGUCUUUCCUGGACGAUGAUAAAUUCUAAACGGACUGUUUUCUGUAAAUAUGCCAAAUAGUGUUGAUUAGCAGAGAUAACCUCUGAACUAGUCUGUAAUGGCCCACUUCAAGGCAACAAGCCCUAAUUUCCCACGGUACAUAUGAUAAAACUUUCAGAUUGAGUUAGUGUACGAGAUUCGUAUGAUAUCAUUCUUAUUUGUUUAUCCUGUUUUUGAUAAAGAACUGCACACAAAAAUCCUUUUCAAUUGCAUCAGUGUGGAUUAUGUAUGCCAAAUCGAAAUCAGGAUAUGCCAUUAUUGAUGUACUAGUUAUAUGGCUAAUGAGUUGCUCUAGUCAUUUCUGAUGUUCCGGUUUCCAUUUUACCAAUUGUCCAUUUGUUUUCUUUGGUAUUUUUGAGCUUAUCAGAAGCUCAAAACUUUUUGAGCUAUUUAAGUAUUUUUAAUCUGUCAGAAGCUCAUUAGUUGGACAGGCAAUUGUUAAAAAAUUGGGGAUAAAUCGACGAUGAUAUCCCAGAAGGCCUAGUAAUUGUCCCACUUCACCAACGAUUGACCUUGUAACCUUGUUCUCAUGAAUUGCAAUUGUUCCAUUGUUUUUUUGUGGGACAUCUCAACAUCAGAAGCUAACGGUAGUCCCGUUACGGUAGCACCUUGUAAUUUCCCUGUUUUCUUUUUUUAAAGCCUCUAAUGAAAUGAUCUGAGUUUCCACAAAUAAAGCAAUGAUCACAUUUAAACUUCCAACUUCUUUGUAUGAAGUGUCCAUUGAGCGCUGAGAGUUUUAUUGGAUUUCGCUUAUUCUUUCCGAUAAUUUUUCACUUCAUCGAUUCUGUUUUGAUGGCUGCAAAGUUACAGCUCAUUUGUUCUAGUACUGCAAGAGGUUUUUCUGAAUUAUCAACAUUUUAUGUGUGUUUGUGAAAGAGCUUUGUCUGCCACUAAAAUUUCAUUGACUCUAUUUACUUUUGUACUUAGAGCUAGCCUUUUCCUGCCUCUAUGCUUCGGCUAAACCUGCCAGUUGCAUUUCAUUGAUUACGAUUUCACCAUCAACUUUAACUUCUUUUAAAAAUAGAUGCAGACGCAUGCGAUUUGUAUCAUCUGCUAAACCAGUUUCAACUGGUUGGCGAAAAAAUCCACUCACUUAACUCGGACUUUACUUUAGAUCAGCUCCUGUUUCCUCUCUGCAUGCAAAUAAAAUCUUUUGUGUGCAGUCCAUGGCACGUAUGAGAAAGUUUACAGGGUCCUCAUUCUAAUAUUGCGACAUUGUAAGAAGAUGUUGGCAAAGGUUUGUGGCACUUCCC